AGUCACACGUUAUCCGAACUAUCACGCGACGCCAUCUCGGUCCUCGAGUGAAAGAUAUGUAUCGAAUAGCAUUUCUAAUAAUUUUUUGGACGGCAGAAUGCGCCAAUUACCAAAGAUAUGGCGUCUCCUCUACUGAGAACCCGUAUUCCACCUACUCUACUAUAGCGAACCUGUACAACCAAUACCCACCGAAAUCUACUUAUAACAGUGACAUUGCCAACUUUCCGGAAGCAACGAGGUACCCUAAGUACAACCAGGGUUAUAGUACAAAUAAUUACAAUUCUUAUUCGACUCCUAGUGGGUUAUAUAAAGGGGUUUAUAGCACGCAGAGGUAUGGAGAAAAUUACGGCCCAAACUAUGGACAGAACUUCGGUGGAUACAGUUCUUAUGAGAUGCCAUUUAUGACGAAUAUAAGAGACUAUUGUUUGAACCGGUCUCCUCAAGUUGGGAUUUGGGUGGACAGCCUGAUGGGCAUGUGGUAUGGAGUGGAGUUUAUACAACACUUGGCUGGCGACGCGAGGGUGGAUUAUGCGAGGUCUUGUAUCGUGGUUCACAUAGCGGAACCCAUGGAACAGCCUUCAACGGAGAACCAGCUCUUCCACGUGCAACACAUCAAUGCGAAGUUCCGCCAGGACUAUCGCCACCUUCGACUGCUGUGGGAUGAGGCUGGUCAGACCUCGGAGUAUGGGCUUUACUUCAGAAACGACUCGGCUGGUUAUUGGCAGGUCUUCGAUGGACAAAAUGGAACGUUGACAACCUUACCCAAUUACCAGCAGUUCAGCGGUUCAAUACAAGUUCUAAAGGCUGUGAAUGACCACUUGGUUCUCAACUUUUGCCAAGAACCUAGAAAUGGGAGAGCAGCUCAGUUGUACUCCGUCCUUUUCUCCCGCGACCCGGGCACCAUGGCUAGAUGGGAGAUAGACUCAGUCCACAGUAUGCUUCAGAAUAAGAAAUUAUCUGUGGCAUCUAGAAGAAUGGUCUGCGGUAAUAACGCCGAAAGAGCAGUACAUAGUUUAUUACUCUGUUUCAUGAUUGUUGUACUUGGCAAGUUCACUUCAUAAUUUGUGUCAGAUUACGUAGUCAGAAGAAUGUAUGUCUAUGGUCUGAUGAAUUUCAGAUUGAUUCACGACAGAUCUCGCGCGCAUAAUUUGAGUUGGAAAUGGAAUGUUGUGAGAAUUAUGGUAUUUAUUUCCAUUACUUGCCUUGUUACACGGAAUGUACAAUACAUGUUUGACCUUAAAAAACCUAUGGCCCAGCCGGAAGCAUUCUUACGAUUUCUUUUAACUCUGAUAGUAAGGAAUGAAAAACAUUGGCGGUUUAAUAAUAAAUUAAAAAUCAUUUAAAUAUUUUUGACACUAUUAUAAACGGACGUUGAAUUAAGACGUAACGAAACAAUAAAUAAAGAGUUAAUUACUGUUGCCCAUAACGUGCGCAGGCUAUUCCAAAUUUUAUCAAAAACGGCCCAACGGUUUAUCCGUCAAAGUGUAACAGACAAACUUUCGCAUUUAAUAUGGUAUGAAUAUUUUCCCAUAUACCUAAUCCGUCCCAGUAAAUUAUAAAUACAUAUUCAGUCACAGAAUUACGAAUAAAAAUUAUUCGAUUUCUUUGUGUAAUUUUUUGAAUAAGCAAAUAUGGUAGGUAUGCUGUGUUUUAUGUAUGAUGCAUUUACGUCCUUCUUACAUUCAUAGUUUGAAAAACAAUGGUUAAAGCCAUUAGUCAUAAGUACUAUGUUUUUUAUGUUCUUUAUACCAACAGAAAAUUAAUAAUUUUAAUUUAAAAUAUAAGUUUUAUGCUACGUUAUCUUUCAUGUUAUUGUGACGCUAAUCAUUUUAUUGACAUUUAUAAUUUUGGAAUCUAUUUAUGUACAACUACUUACAAAAUAAGUAUAAUAUAAUUAAAGAAAGAUAAAAUAUUGUAUUUAAUUGUAUUUACAUUUACCAAAGAUUUUAAAUAUCUAAAUAGGUUAUAAAUAUUUAAAAAUAAAUGCAAUGCCAAAUCA